GGGCCAUUAACAAGAUCCCAGGGACCUGCUCUGAGCACGUGGCUCUCCACGGACAUCAGGUGCAAGCGCUCUGUUUUGGGCAUGUUCUCAGAGUUGAAGUUCCCCGUGCCCUGGGGCCACGUGGCAGCCAAGGCCUGGGGACCCUCCGAGGGACCCCCUGUGCUGUGCUUGCAUGGCUGGCUGGACAACGCCAACACCUUUGACACGCUCAUUCCGCUGCUCCCCAGAGGUUGCUAUUACGUGGCCAUGGACUUUUCUGGCCACGGCCUGUCGUCCCACCGACCCACAGGCUCCCCCUACCAUUUUCUGGAUUACGUGACCGAUGUGCGCCGGGUGGCAGCAGCCUUGCAGUGGAGACGGUUCACCCUGAUGGGUCACAGUAUGGGUGGGGCUGUGGCAGGAAUGUUCUGUUUCCUUUAUCCUGAGAUGGUGGACAAGCUGAUCCUGCUGGAAAGUCUUGGCUUUCUGCUAGCUCCAGAGGACACUGAGGCAUGGCUGAAAUCAAAACGGACAGUGAUUGACAGAUUACUGAGCCUAGAGGCAAAGCAGCAGACUCCCAAAGCACGGAGCCCUGAAGCAGCAUUGCAGAGGCUCUUAGAAGCAAACACACAUCUGACAGCAGAGGGUGGGGCAAUCCUACUGCAGAGAGGAGCAACUGAGACACCCGCUGGGCUGGUGUACAACAGAGACAUGAGAGUCCGUACGCAGGACAGAGAGUCCCUCACGGUGGAGCAGUGUGUGAAGCUCCUGCAGAAGAUCCAGGACCGUGUUCUCAUCGUCGUAGCACAAGAUGGGCUCUUGGUACCACACAAGCUGCACAGCAGAAAUCACUUUGUGAAAGCCCUACGGGAGGCGUUCGAGUCCACCCUCAGAGAGCACAUCCAGCUGGUCGAGGUGCCUGGGAGUCAUUUCGUGCACCUGAACGAGCCCGAGGUGGUGUCUGGGACCAUCAGCAGCUUCCUGACAGCACAGAGCACCAGGGCCAGGCUCUGAGGCCCUUGCUGCUGCAGCUCUCCAGAACAGGCAGCUAGAAAGCAGGCUCUGGAGAGAUUGUCACCUUUCCCACCUCACAUCCAUGCCUAAGCUCAGCUCACCCCAGGGUGGAAGCAGAUCUGCCAGG